UGAAGUUUUAGAGCUAUUUUAGGUGAAACAGAGUGGCAAAAAAGUGGAGUCAAAUUCGUCUAACGAUAAAAGCUAUCCGUAAGGGAGAUAUCGUCCUUAAUUUUGAAUUGAAUUUCUAAAAUUUAUAACAGCAAUUAAAUACAAAUCCGUAUUUCCAAGCUAGUAACAAAGUACUUAUUGUUCCUCUUCUUCUUUUCCUUGAUGUGGAUGGAAACAAACUUCUUAUGCAAAGACACCAAGUGUACAUGUGUUUUCAUGAUAUUGUGAUCACUUUUACUACGAUUAACAAACAUGUGAACACUUGAAUUUUGAAGAAUGAGGAAAAUUUAUAAACGUGUGAAAAUUACUUCAAAUCAUAAAAAUGUUUAUCAAAUGCCAUCCACGUAUGGUACUGAUACGAAAUAACGUAUUUUCCACAUCGCAAAAGAAAUAAUUUUACAAACUCCGCUUCAGAUUGUUAAAUGGCUAGAGGGAAUGUCAUACACGCGUUAUGUUUUGUUUGUAUAUUAUCAACAUGUAUCAUGGCUCAAACGGUUACCACUUCGCUAGAUGUUAGCAUUCAUACGAAGUGCACGGUAUGGAAUACGGCACUGAAGAAAUGCACAGGUAAGUAUAACAUCUUGUUAAGUCAAAUCAAGGCUGGAGGUCUGGAUUUUGUACCAUCGUUAUAACUAAAACAAUAUCAUUUAUCACUGGCAAUUACUUUCACUUCAGAAUUAUAGAUUUAUUUUAGGCCAUGAAUGAAAGUUAUAUUCAAAAUUAAUCUUCUGUAUGUUUAGAAUGUGAUGUAGGUUUACAAGGUGACUACUGUCAGAUGACUUGUCGUUAUCCGAACUAUGGAAAUCAAUGACAAAUGCGGUGUAACUGCGAGCAAUGGAACUGUAGUUUUCUUACUGGAUGUGAGGAUGGGUCACCAACGCUUUCACCAAGCACAACGAUUUCACCAAGCACUACAGAGACUUCUUUCCCCGUAUAUUUAUCGACUAAAACUCUAAAAGCAUGUUGCUCUGGAUACACCGGGUCUGACUGUGAAUUACCGUGUCGGUAUCCAAGUUACGGGGUCGGCUGUCAGUUACAGUGUGAAUGUGAGAAGAAUGUUUGUCAUCACAUAAAAGGAUGUAAAACCUACAGCCAGUCCAGGCAGAGUGAAAGUCCCAGAAGAAAUGUUCUAUUAUACAGUACCAUUACACUAGGCGUGGUUUCAGUCAUUCAGUUUACAGUUUAUAUUAUUCUUGUAAUCUGUUAUCAGUAAAUUUCAACAGAAUAACUCCCUACAGUCCUUUUACUCAUAUACCUCACACACAACGUCUUCGGAUCCCCUCUCUCAAGCUUCUAAGUAUCACUGUUAUCAAUAUGUCGAUGUUACAAGUAAAGAGAAAAUAAAUUUGUUGAUGAUAGAUACAAAUCCCACAGUUUUCAUAGUUUCGGUCGUUUGUUUGUGUUACUUAUUAUAUCCUUUAAUCUUAGAAAUAUACUAAAUUCCUGAAACUUCCAGGCGUUGAAUUGUUUAUAAGUGUACAUGAAUGUAUUUGCUUGUGGGAAAUUUACCUAUAUUAUAUAGGUAGCUUAUGA